CCUGCACAUCCUAGAGCUCUGAGAGCACUCCCGCUGCCCCCUUCUCCGUACUGUAAUUUCUUGAUAGAAUGGCCGGACUUCGCCUCGCACGCGGUACUUUCUCCCCAUCCGCGCGUGUCCCCUCAACGCGUUUGUUCUCAUCUUCAUCUAUCCUAAUGGAGCGGAAAUACCGAAUCGAGCGCGACACCUUCGGUGAGCUCCAGGUUCCUGCUGAACGCUACUGGGGGGCGCAGACGCAGCGUUCCUUGCAAAACUUCGACAUCGGCGGCCCUCAAGAGCGCCUACCCGAACCCCUCAUUAAGGCCUUCGGUGUGCUUAAGAAGGCGGCAUCGAUCGUGAACGUUGGCUAUGGCUUGGAUCCGAAGGUCGGCGAGGCCAUCCAGAAGGCUGCUGAUGAGGUCAUCUCUGGAAAGCUAAUUGAUGAGUUUCCGCUGGUAGUCUUCCAGACCGGAAGCGGUACCCAGAGCAACAUGAACGCAAACGAGGUUAUCUCGAAUCGUGCCAUUGAGAUCCUUGGUGGUGAGCGCGGCUCGAAGAAGCCCGUUCACCCUAAUGAUCACGUCAACAUGAGCCAGAGCAGUAACGAUACGUUCCCAACUGCUAUGCACGUUGCCGCGGUUACCGAGAUUCACCGCUCUCUUCUCCCUGCUCUGACCGAGCUCCGUGACGCCUUGGACGUCAAGGCGAAACAAUUUGAGCACAUCAUCAAGAUCGGUCGCACGCAUCUGCAGGACGCAACACCAUUGACACUCGGCCAGGAGUUCAGCGGCUACGUGCAACAGCUGACAAAUGGCAUUGAGCGUGUCAAGGACACUCUGCCUCGCCUCAGUCUUCUGGCACAGGGUGGUACCGCCGUUGGUACCGGCCUGAACACGAAGAAAGGUUUCGACGUGAAGGUCGCCGCCGAGAUCUCGAAGCUGACCGGACUCGAGUUCAAGACUGCGCCUAAUAAGUUCGAGGCACUCGCAUCGCACGAUGCGCUUGUUGAAGCACACGGCGCGCUCAACACAGUGGCGGUUUCCUUGAUGAAGAUCGCCAAUGAUAUCCGGUACCUGGGUUCCGGCCCUCGCUGCGGUCUGGGUGAGCUCCAGCUCCCCGAGAACGAGCCAGGUAGCAGUAUUAUGCCUGGCAAGGUGAACCCCACGCAGUGCGAGGCUAUGACCAUGGUUGCCGCCCAGGUCAUCGGGAACCACACUGUGGUCAGCAUCGCCGGCUCGAACGGCCAGUUUGAGCUCAACGUUUUCAAGCCGGUCAUCAUCAAGAAUGUUCUACAGAGCAUUCGUUUGCUCGCGGAUGCUUCGCGUUCGUUCACGAAGAACUGCGUGGUCGGUAUCCAGGCUAACGAGAAGCGUAUCAACACCCUUCUUCACGAGUCGCUCAUGUUGGCGACGAUUCUCAACAGCCAUCUCGGAUACGACAAUGUUGCGAAGUGUGCGAAGAAGGCGCACAAGGAGGGCACCACGUUGAAGGAGGCGACUGUCUCUCUGGGCUUCUUGACUCCCGAGGAGUUCGACGAGAAGGUCCGUCCAGAGCUGAUGCUUCACCCAGAUGAGGCGUGAGUUCGAGGCGCGGCGGUAUAUCACGUUUGGUCAUGUCGGAUGUGUGUGAUGUGACAAUGACAUUACUACGGGUGGGACGAGUUGGCACCAUUGUCAGGGGGGAUCUCGGGGGUUUAGCACACGGUCAUAGUAGAGCCUGCUGCGCUUCUUGGUUGGAAUGCCAUGUACGCUUGGAUUGUAUUGGAGGGUAAGCGACAGAUGUCGCGCACGGACCCAGUGUCGGGGUGUGACAGGGGGCUGUGACACGGUGGGGGAAGAGAAGGAGCGGCAAUGGGCAGUCCGAA